AUGGCCUCGCCCGCCAAUUCAGUCCCCGAUACUCAACUUGGUUUGACCAAUGAUGAGAUUGCCCUUCUGCGCCAUCACCAACAACAAGCCGCCGCGGCGAAUUCAUCUUCCUCCCGGGCAGCAUCCCGCGCUUCCUCCCAAGGACUUCUUCUCCUCGAUGGUUUUUCCCUUGCAGCACUCGGCCGCCAUUUCGAUCGACUCAUGCAACAGAUUCAAGCUCGAAUGGACUACCUUUCAGAUCAAUCGGCGCAAGUAGCUCAACAGCAAUAUGAUAGAGCCGGAAAUGCGAUUGCCAUGGCAGAUGCGGAGAUAGCUCGAUUCCAUGAGAUCCUCCAGCAGAUCGAUGAACUAGAGUUGGAUUUCGACCGAAUCAGACACAUCAGGGAUAUUGUGAGGUCUUUUAGGUCGAGGGUGGAGGAGAUGGAUCAACAAUUGGAGCAGAGUGGUUCGAGUAGUAGUCGACAUCGACAUGGACAUCAUGGAGAGAGCUCUGGAAGCUCGAGCAGACGUCAUCAUCAUCACCAUAGGAGAUAA